AGCUUCAGGGAUUCAUCCAGCCUCCGUGGCUCCAGAAAGUCUGGACUCCAUGAGAAUCUGAAUUCUGUUCUGCAUUUUCCCUCUUGUUAUUAAUCUUUUUAAACAUUGCUGGAUUUGGUGUGAUGAUAUUUUGUUUAGGAUUUAAGAAAGAUAGGCCUAAAUUUUCUUUUUGUACUAUCCUCGUGUAAUGUUAGUAUUGAGAUUUUGGUGACCUUGUAGAAUGAGAGAGAGAGUAUUCUCUUUUGGUUCUUGGGAAGCAUGUAUAAGAUUGGAAUUAUCUGCCCUUGAAUGUUUGGUGGAAUUUGCUUGUAAAGCCAUCUAGGGCCCUAUUGUGUGUGUGUGUGUAUGUGUGUGUGUGUGUGUGUAAAGCUUUUCUAUUCUUGAGUCAGUUUUGGUAAUUUGUAAUUUUCUAGUCAUUUACUCAUUUUAUGUAAGUUUUCAACUUACUGGCAUAAACUUUAUACUUGUGUUUUUAGCAGAGCUUGACAUUUCAUUCAGGUCUUUACCUGGAUUACUGCCUGGAUCACUUUAACCUAAUGUUGCCUAAUCUCCCUCACAUCACCUGUGGUCUCCUCCCUACAUCUUAGCUUAGUGACUUGAACUCCACUAGUACCUGUAGCAAAUUUGUCAGCUACCCACAAACCUAGUUUCAUGAUGAUUCCACACCGAGUCACAUGCGAUACUUAAAGAUGUUUAUUGCAGCAUUGUUUGUAAUAGUAUGUAAUUGAUAGUAGCCCAAGUACUUAUCAAUAAGAGACUAAAUAAAAAAUAUAUGGUACCACCAUCGAAGGUAUUACAUAGCUAUUAAAAAGAAUAAGACAGAGUUUUAGAUACUGAUAGGCAUACUUUCCUAGGUAUUUUUAAUUCAAGGGGUGGGGGAAGUGACAUAGAAAACGCGCAUGUUGAAUAUGCAUAAGAGGAUGGGGGAGAGAAUACAUCUGUACAUUUAUUUACUCCUGAUAGAAAAUCUUUGGGCACAGAAGAAACUGAUAAUAUUGGUUGUUUCUGAGGAGGGUAACUGGAAGCAAGAGUGGGAGGGACACUUAAUUUCCCCUGAAUAUGUAGUGUUUGCAUUUUUUAUUUUAUUUUAAUCAUUAGGUUUUUAUUCCUUUUAGAGUAAUUUUUUCUAUUGUUGUGAAAAUAUAUAUGACGCAUUCGCCAACUCAGCAUCUUUCAGGUUAUAGUUUAGUGAUGUCAGUUACGUUAAUCAUGUGCAGCCACCACCCAAAGUCGUUGCCAGAUCCCCCAGCCCCAUAAUACAGUAUUUAAAAUAUUUCACCACAUGCAUCGCUUUAUAAUAAAAAUGAAAACACUACAAGAUUAACAAAAUGCACCUCUCCUUCCUGCUCAGAUACAGGACACGUGGUUAAGCCUUUUCCUUUGUGAUGCUGAACUCUGGGAUAACAGAUGUUUAAUCAUAUACCAUAUCCGAAGCUCUUUGUGAGCAUGCAAGUAUGUGAGUGUAUUCUCUCCAAGUCUGAGACAUAGCAAAUAAAUAAAUUCGUAUCCUAACUUUUUAAGCCUUGUGUUAUUAAAGAUUCUUUAUGAGCCUCAUCUGGAUGUAUUAUUACAGCUUAUUUAACCUUUGUGUUAUUUUGGGACAUUUACAUUGUUUUCCAUAUUUCAAUAUAUCUUCUAAAUCUUGAGAACUGCACUGGCCGUUAUGGUAACCGCUACCCACGUGUGGCUGUUUAGAUUUAAUUUAAUUUAAAGGGUUUAGUAUCCAAAAUAUAUUAAAGAAGUCCUGUAACUCAACGAUAAAAAAAAAAUAGCCCCACUGAAAGAUGUCUCCAACUGGGAGAUUUCUCCACCGAAGCUAACACACACAGCAAGGGUGUGAAAAGGUGCUCAGCAUCAUCUGUCAUCGGGGGUACAAAUCAAAAUCACACUCAUUAGGGUGGCUGUAAUCGAAAAGAUGGCAGGAACAAGUGCUCCGGAGGAUCUGGAGGAACUGGAACGCUCGUACCUUGUUGGUGGGAAUGUAAAAUGGCGCAGCCAAUUUGGAAAAGUCUGGCAGUUCUUCAGAAGAUUAAACAUGGAGUUACUGUAUGACUCGGCAGUUCCAGUCCUAGCUGUAUACCAAGAGAAAUGAAAACAUGCACACUAAAUCCUGUACAUGAACAUUCACGGAAGUGUUAUUCACUAUAGCCACAAAGUGGAAACAACCCAAAUACGGUUAAACAAAACGUGGUAUUUCAUUAUUCAUCCAUGAAAAAGAAUCAAGUACUGAUACAUGCUCCAGCGUAGAAUGACCUUGAAAGUGUUCUGCUGAGUGAAAGAAGCCAGACAGAAAAGGCCACAUAGUGUGUGAUUCUGUUUACAUGAAAUAUCCAGAACAGGACAGUCUUAGAAACGCGGAAAGGAAGGAAGUGUUGCCAGAGGCUGGGCGAAGCGGAGAGUGAGGAGUGAUUGCUAACGGGUACAGGAUUUCUUUUGAGGGUGGUGAAAAUGUUCAAGAAUUAGGUAGUUACAAUGGUUGCACAACCUUGUGGAUAUACUAAAAACCACUGAAUUGUGACUUUAAUAAAAGGGUGAAUUUUAUGAUACGUGAAUUAUACCUCAAAAAAUUUUUUAAAUUGAAAUUCAUUUCCUCAGUUGCGCUAGCCAUAUUUCAUGUGCUUAGUAGCCAAAUGGUAGUGGAUAGGACAGUGCAGAUAUAGAGCAUUUCCAUUAUCACAGUUCUGCUGGACAUUGCUACUCAAAAAUAGACAUUUUUGCUUAACUCACUGACCACAUCUCAUACUUAAAAUUGCAUGAUUAGUGAAUACAUUAUUGUUAUAAUAAUUGUGAUAUACAGUGAGAGCCCCCAAUCGCAUAGAUGACCGCUUGUCCACUCCGUUAUUCAGAAGUAAGCACUGUUAUCCACGUGUUGUGCUAUCUCUCUGGAUAUUUUGAAUACUCUUACAUAUAUGUGUAUGCCUGUAUCUGGAUUGUUCUCACUACUUCAGUGAUAAUGCUUUAAGCUUUGUUCAUGAUUUCUCCGACAUUCUUCCGUGUAAGUCCCUUACACUUACUAGAGUUCUCCUUAUCCACAGGGGAUGCUGGAAACAGAACCCCAAAAGACCAGAAGCUCCGUGAAGCCAUGGCUGCCUUAAGAAAGUCAGCUCAGGAUGUUCAGAAGUUCAUGGAUGCUGUCAACAAGAAGAGCAGCUCCCAAGAUGUCCAUAAAGGAACCUCAAGUCAGGUGUCUGGCGAGCUGAGCAAAGACGGUGACCUGAUAGUCAGCAUGCGGAUUCUGGGCAAGAAGAGAACGAAGACGUGGCACAAAGGCACACUUAUUGCCAUCCAGACAGUUGGGCCAGGGAAGAAGUACAAGGUGAAAUUCGACAACAAAGGGAAGAGCCUCCUGUCGGGGAACCACAUUGCCUAUGAUCACCACCCCCCUCCUGACAAGCUGUACGUGGGCAGCCGAGUGGUGGCCAAGUACAAGGACGGGAGUCAGGUCUGGCUGUAUGCUGGCAUCGUAGCUGAGACACCGAAUGUCAAAAACAAGCUCAGGUUCCUCAUUUUCUUUGAUGAUGGCUAUGCUUCCUAUGUCACGCAGUCGGAACUGUAUCCUAUCUGCCGGCCAUUGAAAAAGACCUGGGAGGACAUAGAGGACAUCUCCUGCCGAGACUUCAUAGAGGAGUAUAUCACCGCCUACCCCAACCGCCCCAUGGUGCUGCUCAAGAGCGGCCAGCUUAUCAAGACCGAGUGGGAAGGCACAUGGUGGAAGUCCCGGGUCGAGGAGGUGGACGGCAGCCUGGUCAGGAUCCUCUUCCUGGAUGACAAAAGAUGUGAGUGGAUCUAUCGGGGCUCUACUCGGCUGGAGCCCAUGUUCAGCAUGAAGACAUCCUCGGCCUCUGCGUUGGAGAAGAAGCAAGGGGGACAGCUGAGGACACGCCCGAACAUGGGUGCUGUAAGGAGCAAAGGCCCUGUGGUCCAGUACACCCAGGACCUGACCAGCACUGGAACCCAGUUCAAGCCAGUGGAGCCCCCACAGCCUGCAGCUCCGCCUGCGCCACCUCUGUCCCCCCAGGCAACUGACACUGAAAGCUUGGAAAGCCAGCUUGCCCAGUCACGGAAGCAGGUAGCGAAAAAGAGCACAUCCUUCCGGCCAGGAUCUGUGGGCUCUGGUCACUCCCCGCCUACGUCCCCCACUCUCAGUGAAAACACCCCUGGGAAACCUGGCAUCAGUCAGACAUACAGAUCACCUGUAGGUUCAACAACCGCUGCCCCAACACCCCCAGUGCCCCCAGCCCCUCCGGCCCCUCCAGCGUUCCAUGGCAUGCUGGAGAGGGCCCCAAUAGAGCCCUCCUACCGCGCCCCCAUGGAGAAGCUUUUCUACUUACCUCAUGUCUGCAGCUAUACUUGUCUGUCUCGGGUCAGACCUAUGAGGAGUGAGCAGUACCGGGGCAAGAACCCUCUGCUGGUCCCGCUGCUCUAUGACUUCCGGCGGAUGACGGCCCGGCGCCGAGUGAACCGCAAGAUGGGCUUUCACGUCAUUUACAAGACGCCGUGCGGACUCUGCCUCCGGACGAUGCAGGAGAUUGAACGCUACCUGUUUGAGACUGGCUGUGACUUCCUCUUCCUGGAAAUGUUCUGUUUGGAUCCCUAUGUUCUUGUGGAUCGGAAGUUUCAGCCCUACAAGCCUUUUUACUAUAUUUUGGACAUCACCUACGGGAAGGAGGAUGUUCCUCUAUCCUGUGUCAAUGAGAUCGAUACGACCCCCCCACCCCAAGUGGCCUACAGCAAGGAACGUAUCCCGGGCAAAGGCGUUUUCAUUAACACAGGCCCGGAAUUUCUGGUUGGCUGUGACUGCAAGGAUGGCUGCCGGGACAAGUCCAAGUGUGCCUGCCACCAGCUCACUAUUCAGGCUACAGCCUGCACCCCCGGGGGCCAGAUCAACCCUAACUCUGGCUACCAGUACAAGAGACUAGAAGAGUGUCUGCCCACAGGGGUAUAUGAGUGUAACAAGCGUUGCAAAUGUGAUGCCCACAUGUGCACGAACCGGCUGGUACAGCACGGGCUGCAGGUUCGCCUCCAGCUGUUCAAGACGCAGAACAAGGGCUGGGGUAUCCGCUGCUUGGACGACAUCGCCAAGGGCUCCUUCGUCUGUAUUUAUGCAGGCAAAAUCCUGACAGAUGACUUUGCAGACAAGGAGGGCCUCGAAAUGGGUGAUGAGUAUUUUGCGAACCUGGACCACAUCGAGAGCGUGGAGAACUUCAAGGAGGGGUACGAGAGUGACGUCCCCUGUUCCUCUGACAGCAGCGGUGUGGACCUGAAGGACCAGGAGGACGGUAACAGCGGUACCGAUGACCCGGAAGAGUCCAAUGACGACAGCUCCGAUGAUAACUUCUGUAAGGACGAGGACUUCAGCGCCAGCUCCGUGUGGCGCAGCUACGCUACCCGGCGGCAGACCCGGGGCCAGAAGGAGAACGGACUAUCUGAGACGGCUUCCAAGGACUCCCGCCCCCCAGACCUCGGUCCCCCACAUAUUCCUGUCCCUCCGUCUGUCCCCGGAGGUGGCUGCAAUCCACCUUCCUCCGAAGAGACACCUAAGAACAAGGUGGCCUCGUGGCUGAGCAGCAACAGUGUCAGUGAAGCCGGCUCUGCUGACUCGGACAGCCGGUCAUCCUUCAAGACCAGUGAAGGCGGGGAGAGCCGGGCCUGGGGAGGCCGAGGGGAAGCUGAGAGGGCCUCCGCUUCAGGCCUGGGUAUCAAGGACGAGGGCGACAUCAAGCAGGCCAAGAAAGAGGACCCUGAUGACCGGAACAAGAUGUCAGUAGUUACUCAAAGUGUUCGGAAUUACGGUUAUAAUCCUUCUCCCGUGAAGCCUGAGGGACUCCGCCGCCCACCUAGUAAGACUAGUAUGCAUCAGAGCCGACGACUCAUGGCCUCUGCUCAGUCCCACCCUGAUGAUGUCCUGACGCUGUCCAGCAGCACAGAAAGUGAGGGGGAAAGUGGGGCCAGCCGGAAGCCCACCGCUGGUCAGACUUCAGCCACAGCAGUGGACAGCGAUGAUAUCCAGACCAUCUCCUCUGGCUCUGAAGGGGAUGACUUUGAGGACAAGAAGAACAUGUCUGGUCCAGUGAAGCGCCAAGUAGCAGUGAAAUCGACCCGAGGCUUUGCGCUGAAGUCAACCCAUGGGAUUGCCAUUAAAUCGACCAACAUGGCCUCUGUGGAAAAGGGGGAGAGCGCCCCCGUCCGUAAGAACACACGCCAGUUCUACGAUGGUGAGGAGUCGUGCUACAUCAUCGACGCCAAGCUGGAAGGCAACCUGGGCCGCUACCUCAAUCACAGCUGCAGCCCCAACCUGUUUGUCCAGAACGUCUUCGUGGACACCCACGAUCUUCGCUUCCCUUGGGUGGCCUUCUUUGCCAGCAAGAGAAUCCGGGCUGGGACAGAACUCACUUGGGACUACAACUACGAGGUGGGCAGUGUGGAAGGCAAGGAGCUGCUUUGCUGCUGUGGGGCCAUCGAGUGCAGAGGGCGUCUUCUUUAGAGGACAGCCUUCUCCAGAGUCUCCAGAAACCCCCAAGCAGCCCUUUCCUCAGGAACUGGGUCUCCGACUGCUGAACUCUGACCCCAAGUCUGCAGUCUAGUGAUUCUGCCGGCUCCUAGUAGAUAGAAAGGGGGUUCUGGAUGAGGAGAUCCUUCCUUUGUGGUGCUAGCAGGCAGGGGCCUCCACCUCCUGAGGCACUAGGGGGUGGGGAGAGAGGACCUCUCACCCAGGCCUGACGUCCCCCGGAGUUCUCCUGUUGCUCACCCCUCCCAUCCCAGGUGUGCUCAGGUGUUUCUUGCUUCCAGCAGCCCUGUUCCUGAAAUGGGGGCUGUGUAUCUGCCACCCCCCGUUUGUAUUGUUUCUGGGAAGUCUUUUAACAAGAUGGUAAAACUAAGAUUGUGAUGUGAUUUCUCUCCCCCUCCUCAACCCCGCAAAGGGCAGCUGUUGUUGAUCGGG